AAGGUGAGGCCUGCAGGGCUGGGGCAAGCAGGCCUCAGGGAGAGCGCGCUACCUGGAAACUGAGGCUGCUAGAGGCAAGAGGCAGCAGGUGGCCUUCCGCAGAAGCCUGUAGAUAUGGGUCUGAGGCUGUCCAACAGGGAGAGCAUAGAUUUGACAUGGACCCUGAAACCUGACCAGGAACACCCAGGUCCCUGUCCUCUGGGAAAAGGGCUAGGCAGCCCCGUGGGACAGCGUGGGUAGCAGUGCCUCGAGUCCCCUUCAGAGCCCGGAGUACAAGUGGAGGCUUGGUGGGGUGUGGAGACAGCAUUGUGGGCAGCUUGUGCCCUGUGCAAGAGAAGAUGGUGGCUCAGAGCUCAGCUUGAUCUCCACGUGUUGAGUGCCUUCCUGGAAUACACAGCCCUCUAGGUCACUAGGCUACUGUUGGGGAGAAGCCCAGUGGAGAGGGAGAGAGGUCUUGAGGUUGCUCGUUACCACCCCAGCUACCUAGCCAGAGGGAAGAAACUCCUGGGGCGAUGCCCUGCCCUGUGAGCCAGUCCACAUGAUAGUAGGGGACCAUGCCUCUACCCAGCAGCAUCUUCUCCUCACCCACAGGGCAGAUCCUGGGGCCAGAGGUUGAGGUAGGGAGAUAGUAAGGAUGGAAACCCAGUCCAGUACCCAGGUAGGAGACACUUCUGGAAGCACCAUGAGUGCAGGUGGGCUUCCCCACGGCAUGCUGUGUAUCCACAGGUACUGAGGUCUGGAAAGAUGGGCAUCAGCAUAGGCCACGCCUGUGACAACAGUGGAAGAGAGAGGCUGAGGCCAAACUAGGGCUUCCUGUAGGCAGGGAGCUCAGCCGGAGAUACAGGGGACUAGGGUGUUGGUCCCAAACCUGCCACCAACUGUGAUGCUCUAGCCAAUAACUUCCUUCUCGGGGUAUGUUUCUACCUGUGAAAAGAAAAGGGGGAAGGGUGGAAAUGAAGCUCUCCUUAGCUCCUCGGUGUCUUUGAAGACAGGAAGACUAUUAUUAAUGGUCAGAUGCUAUGGUGCUCAUAUGGGGAAAGGGUGGCUGGGCUGGGAAGGUAAUCUGCAAGAAGGGGGACCUGUGGCCCAGGGAAAGAUCCCUGGGCUCUGAGUGAGGAUAUUUGAGGCAAAGAAUGCCCAUCAAGGCCCACAGGCAUAAGAGAAUAUUCUGAUCUAAGACAAUGAGCCCUGGAAAGGCUUCUGAGGCAGUGGGUUUGGCCCUUAGGUCAGGAGUGGCCUGUAUAGAUUUGUCUGUGGGCUGGCUGAGACAGGCCUGCCUCAGUCCUACCCACACAUGUUGACCAAGUCAUCUGUCAGGUAGGAAUGUGGCACAGGACUGUCAAACACAUCUUCAUGAGCAUGGCAGAGGGGGAACAUUGCUGCCUCCGGCCUGGGAGCAGGGUAUAGGGUGCCAUUAUGUGACACAGAUGCUGCGGGGCCUGCCCUGUCCCGCUAAGAGUGAAAUGAGCCACAGAAGAGGAAGCUUCCGAGGGUGGGGCUGGGCUGCCUGGUUGGAGGUUUCACGUUGUUUCCAGAGCAAAGGCUUCGUUUGCUGCUUCUCUGUAAGGUAGCAGAGGUGUCCGCAGAGGUAGCAGGUACCAGCUUCCCUUCCAGAAAUCCCCUCCAUUCAACACAGCCUUAGGGCUGAGGAAAGCUGUGCAGGCGGUGGGGGAGGGGAGCAGACGCCUCCCUGUUGCUUUCGUCAGUAAGCCCCACAGACAGCCUACUCCACUUACAAGCUGCCUUAAGGCGGACAGGACAGCCCUGGCUGGCCAUCUUCAGCCCCAGGGAGAACAGGUAUAUGACAUGAUGUAGUUGGGGCUUCCACAUGGGCCAGAUCUCCAGGAGAUUUAUCACUUGCUGAUGCCAGGCUGGAGGCUAUUAGCUGAAUGAGGUCGGACUGGGUAAGGCUGGGGGGGGGGGGCACAUCUGUCAGAUGAGAUGGAGCUGGGGUCCAUAAGGUGAGGUGAGGGUGGGGAUGGGCUGUGGUGGGGGUCCAUUGUCAGAGGAGUAAAGCCGGGCUGAGAUGGAGCUAAUGAAGUGGAAAUGGGCUGGGGUCUGAGGUAAGGCUAGAGCAUCUGUCAGAUGUGGGGUAGAGGUGGGGUGUGUCGGAUGACGUAGAUCGGAGUUGGUCAGAUGAGUGGGCCUGAGUUGGGGUCUGCCAGAUGAAAGUAGAGAUGAGGGCUAUGGCACGUAGGUGACGUUGAGCUGAGCUGUGGCGAACGAACGGGUAUGCUUGAGCAGUUGGGACUGGGCAGGGGACUUAGGUCCUCAGGGUACACUUUCUGGGGGAGCUGUCAGAGCACUUGCUCAGGAUCAGUGCACAAUUCUCCUUAGGGGUUGAGGGGAGGUGGGAGUGACAUAAGCAGCUAGUACAAAGUGACUCAGGGUGUUUCUAGGCCUUGGUGCCGACCACAUCAGAGACUUCAGACUCUACUCUGUGCAAGUGGUGGCUUGCACUUGAAAGCUGGAAAAGAAAACAACUGUUUGCGCCUUUGAGAGGAGGAGCAGCAGGUUUCCGGCCUGCACGCCUGAGCCCUAGGACCAUGAACAAUACAAAUUGUAGCAUCCUCCCGUGGCCUGCUGCAGUCAACCACGUCUUCACCAUCUACUUGGUCUUGCUGCUGGUGCUGGGCCUGCUGCUCAAUGGCCUGGCACUCUGGGUAUUCUGCUAUCGCAUGCACCAGUGGACGGAGACCCGAGUCUAUAUGACCAACCUGGCUGUGGCUGACGUCUGCCUGCUCUGCUCCUUGCCAUUCGUGCUGUACUCCCUGAAAUACAGUACUUCGGACACACCCAUCUGCCAGCUCUCACAGGGCAUCUACCUGGUCAACAGGUACAUGAGCAUAAGCUUGGUCACCGCCAUUGCUGUGGACCGCUAUGUGGCAGUGCGGCAUCCCCUGCGUGCCCGUGAGCUGCGGUCCCCACGGCAGGCUGGAGCAGUGUGUGUGGCCCUCUGGGUGAUAGUGGUCACCUCCCUGGUACUGCGCUGGCGCCUGGGGAUACAGGAGGGUGGCUUCUGCUUCAGCAGCCAAAAUCGGUACAACUUCAGCACCACUGCCUUCUCGCUGCUGGGAUUCUACCUGCCGCUGGCCAUAGUGGUCUUCUGCUCUUUGCAGGUUGUGACUGCGUUGGCCCGAAGGCCAGCCACUGACGUGGGGCAGGUGGAGGCCACUCAGAAGGCCACCCGCAUGGUCUGGGCCAACUUGGCCGUGUUUAUCAUCUGCUUCCUGCCCCUGCAUUUGAUCCUGACAGUGCAGGUCUCCCUGAACCUCCACACCUGCGCUGCCCGAAACAUCUUCAGCCGUGCCCUGACAAUCACAGCCAAGCUCUCAGACAUCAACUGCUGCCUGGAUGCCAUCUGUUACUACUACAUGGCCAAAGAGUUCCAGGAUGCGUCCUUGCCGGCCACAGCCUCUAGCACACCCCACAAGAGCCAAGAUACUCAGAGCCUGAGCCUCACCUAGAAGAAGUGAACAUGUGCCAUGAGCCAGAGGAACCUGUGAUAUAUGAGCAAGGAGACUCCAAAUCAGCCUGAACCCGCUGUGCGGUUUGAGCACUCUAGGAGACCCAGUUGGUCUGGAGAAGCUGUAUCUGCCCCUCUGAAAGGACCACAGGAUUCUAAUGUCCGACUUGAGGGACCCUGGACUGAGACCACAUACCUGCCACCCCAGAUCGAGAACCCCUGGGCACCAGAAUGUGGCCUUAAUAGCUAGCCACCGAGUUUAGCUCUCCCCUGGAGUUGGUCCUGGCAAGGUCCUCUGUCAUCCAGAUGCAAGUGAUGAGAGGCAAAUAAGGGACAUACAGCUCAGAGAGCCAGGAGACAUCUUCCCAGAGGACCCUCUAAUGGCUGUUUCCUUUUCCUACCUCUAAACUUCACACCACAUGUAGGGUUAAGCAGAAGGGCAGCGGCUGUGAUCUGGAAGGCUGUCCCCUAAGGCCCAUGACUGUCAGUGUUGAUACAGCUCUGGAGACCCAGCGCUCACAAAGUCACGCUCAGCAGUAACACCCCUGUUGCUGUCCUGAGCCACUUUCAGUAUUUCCAUUCUGUGGUGGGCCUGUUGGUCACUGAGGCCAGUGGCUGUGGGAGGGGUCUACUGGAGUUUGUAGUGAGGAAGCUGGAUAUUUGGUUUGGUACCUGCACUCUCUAAGGAUGUGGCCCCAGGUGGCAAGGGGUUUAGGAGUAAAGUAUCAGCCCCAAAGCCAGCCCAAAGCCAGAGCGCAUUUGGAGGUGUAGUAGCCCUGGGCUUCUCCCUCUGUGCUUUGAUUUUGGUCUUGGCCCAAAUGCUGCAGCCAUACCCAGAGCCAGAGCCCCUCCAGCUCAGAGGAGAGGGCUGUCCCUCCCCAUUCUCCACCCCUUUAUCCAAGGCCUACUGCCUAACUGACUCCCCCCCCCCCUUUUUUUUGUAUGACCUAUUCUAUAAAACCAAAAGUCUGCUCAUCUUCCAGACACCAAAGAAAGGAUUCCAUCCAAGUAUAAAUUGGCAAACCGGUUUACUGGUAUUGCUGACAAAAGCAUGGUGGCUCUUUGGGUGCUCCGUUACUGAGAAGCCCCACUCAGCAUAGGUGACAAUCCCCAAACUGCACCACUAGAUUACCAAUCCCCAUGGCUAAGGUGUGAGGGAGCCGUGGCUGCAACCCUAGGCCUGCUGACCCUCAUCUCCCUGUCAGAGAUUGCUAACAGCUUCACGAUCAUCACCUGGCUUACCACAGUAGUGGUUCGCUUGUUUCUUGGUUCGCCUGAGGGUGUUCAGAGGAUCGCAGCAGCAGCAGCAUUCCUGCUCACAGCUGAUCAGCAUCCUAGGCCCCACCCACUCUCCUCCAGUUCUCACAUUCCCUCCACUCUCUCUUUUGCAAUAUUACCCGAACCUUCACCUUGGAAGGGAUGAUGUAUCUAUAUGAUAUCAAAAUAUAUAAUACACACGUGUGUGCCUAUGAUUCUUUUCUGAGUCUUAUGCCUCUAGACAACAGACACCUAAGUAGCUUGACUGAGAGAAACAAAGCAUCAGGAGGGGGAAGGGCCCCCGCAAUGCUCCCUAGUGUGCUGUAGUGGGUUCCCCGUCCAUGGUACCAGCAGAGCACCCUGCCUUGAUGCACAUGGCACACUACCUUCCUCAGGUAACCUCAGCUUUAGAGGAAAAAUCCCAUGUCCCCGUGGGCUAGGCUUGGCCAUCUGUUCAGAUGAUGCAGAAGACCUGGGGUGGAAAAUGAAGGAGUCUUUACACAAAAUAUGCAAAAUUAGCAUCCUAAAAAUAUGAGAAAGUUAAAUGGCUCAUCUGGCAAAGGUGCCAGCGACCGAGCCUGACAACCUAAGCUCAGUCCCUGGAACCAACAUGGUGGGAGGAGAGAACCAUAUAGCACAAGUUGUUCUCUGGCCCCAACAUAUACCCCAGAGGAAAAAAAAACAAAUGUCAAAAUAAAUAGUGCACUAGAAAAACCUGUUGGCAAAGAGGAAGGCUGAACCCCAUACCGCUGUUGGCCAAGGCCAAUUAGAACGAGUGUCAGAGGCACUGGAGUAAGUGCUGGAAAACUCCAGGACAUCUGGAGGUAACCUGUGACUUGUUAAAGACUGCAUUUGGCAAAGCAUUCGUGAGAAGUUUGUGCUAUAUAAAUAACUUCCUCAAAGCCUACUCUGUGUACCGGCUAGUUUUGUUUUGUUUCGUCAACUUGACACAAGCUAGAGUCCUCUGAAAAAAGGGAACCAGCCACGAUUGGGAAAAUUCUUCUGUAAGACUGGCCUGUAGGCAGUCCUGUUUCUUUAAUGAGUAAGCAAUGUGGGCUCUGUUCAUAAUAGCCAGAAACUGGAAACAACCUAGAUGUCCCUCAACAGAAGAAUGGAUAAAGAAAGUGUACUUCUACACGGAGGAAUAUUGCCCACCCGUUUAAAAAGGGGCAUCAUUAUGGCCUGGUGUGGUGGUGCACACCUUUAAUUCCAGCACUUAGAGAGGCUGAGGCAGGCUCAUCGGUGAGUUUGAGGCCAGCCUGGUCUACAGAUUGAGUUCCAGGACAGCCAGGGCUACAUGUAGAAAUCCUAUCUCAAAAAACAAAACAACAAACAAAAACAAAACAAAAGGUGCAUCAUGGAAUUCACGGGUAAAUUGAUGGAACUAGAAAAAGUUAUCCUGAGUGAUGUGGCCCAGACCUAGAACGACAAAUUUGUCUUUGUAUUUCUUUAAGUGUAAACAUUAGCUGUAAAGUCGAUGAUAACCAAGCUAUAAUCUGUAGAACCACAGAGGAUGAGGGACUAGAUGGAUCCAUUAGGAAAGAGAAAUAGAAGGGACAGUUAUGGAUGAAUGGGGGUGCCGGAGGGAAUACAGGGAUGGACAGAGCGAUUUGAGGGCUAGUAUGGAAAGCUAACACAGAAAAGGCUUUACUAUGUCUAUAUUAAGACAAUCUGAAUCACUAAAACAGUGAGGGAGACAGCGUCUCAACAUGCCAUCUCUUGUCACCAAAUAAAGCUUCUAGUAUAGGGAUUGGAUUGCAUCUAAUUGAGUUGUGGGCCGAAGGGGGUCUCAUGGGAAUCUCUGAAUGACCCAGGCUACUGUCUAGGCUAUAGGUUAUUCUCCACAAACUGACAGCAAGGCCCCACAUCUACAGCUCAUUGAACGUGGAGAAGUCAAAGUGGUGCCUACACAGCCUUCACCCCUACACUCGAGCACCUUUGGUACAGGAAGGUAACCUGUGCUCUACUAAAAGAGAAAUAUAAACACCAAGUCAUCCAGAAACCUUUUAAUGGACAGUGGUGUCCUGCCUACAAGAUAUGCUAGGGUAAUGGUGGCAAGUGCUUGUGAAAGUAACAACCAAUGUCUGAUUUCACGUGAGGCCCACUCCACUAAAUGAAACCCAUAUCCAGCACUGCUUGAGUGAUCAGGAACCAGAGACCAGACAGCCCAGGGAUCUAGGGUAAAACCAAACACUGCUGUUCCGACAACCACAGCAGCAGCAGCAGCAGCAGCAGAAGACAGCAAUAAAAUGACGUCUAAUGACAUUCGGUUACACUCACAAAUCAGUGCCUUGCUCAGCCACUAUUAGAGAAGCUUCCUCCUGCAGCAGAUGGGAGCAGAUAGACCCACAGAUGGACAUUAUGAAGAGAGAGACCUUGGAACACUUAACCCUGAAUGGGAUGUCUCUAUCGAAUUGUCUCAUCUCAGGGAUCCCUUAGGAACAGGAGGCAGAAGGAGUUUAAGAGCCAGAGAGAUGGAAAAAACACACACACACACACGCACACACAAGGCCCUCUAAAUCAACAAGAUCGAACUGAUGUGAACUCACAGAGACUGAGGCAACAUUCAAAGGGCGGGACAUGGGUCUGUACCAGUCCUGUGCACAUACAUUGUGGCUCUUUUAUGGGAUUCCUGAGUGUGGAUGAGCAGGUCUCAGACUCUUGUGCCUCCUCUCACCCUCCUAUUCCUUCUGUUUGUUUUGUCCAACCCUGAUGUGAUGGAUUUUGUUUUAUCUUAUUAUAUUUGAUUUUGCUACAGUUUAUUAUCAUCCCUUUGAAGACUAUUGGUUUUUUAAUGAGAGGAACUGGGAGGCAGAAAUCAUAAUCAGGAUAUGUCAGGAAAAAGAUCUAGUUCCAAUAAAAGGAAAAAUGACAUGUCUUAUAUGGUUUUCUUAAUGAUUGACGUGGAAGGUCCCACCCAUUUUGGGAUGUAGAAGAAAGUUGAGCAAGCCACGGAGAGCAAGCCAAUUACUUCCCUGACUUGCCUCAGUGAUAGGAACUCUCAACUCCUAACUACUGGGCUGAGGUACCUGUGUAACUAUGUGUAGCACCCCUUUCUGGGCAGUCAUGAAAUGGAUCUUCCAGAAUCAGACAGGGACCUAAGGACAAUAAAUGCGGCCGUGUGGUUCCAAUCCACUUUAACGGCAUGUAACUUUAUAUGAUACACAAGUAUCUUUUCACUCCCCCCUUCCUAGUCCUGCCUUGUUGCCCAUCCCUUCCGAGGUAGAGUUAUUGUGUCUGCAUUUCAGGUGCCCUUUUAAGUCUCUUUAAGACUCCAUGGGCUCCUGUGGCAUUUCUAACACCAAGUUCCACGUCCCAUAGAAGCCAAGAUCCUCAACUGUCUUUCAUAUAGUCUCUACUGUAGACUCCAAUCUCACCCGACAAGUGUCACCUGAAGUAUAGGGUCUUUGUUCCUGGAGAUUAGCUCACAGCCACCACUGUCACAACCACUCUUAAGGGCUCUAGCAGUUUUCUUUAAAGACCACCCCCCCUACACACCACACACACACACAAUAUAGUUUAAAGGACGGUUUAGCCUCUUGAUUCCUGACUACUGAGCUAAGACACCUGUGUAACUCUCUACGUGUAGCACCCCUGUUUGGGCAGUCAUGAAAUAUAUCCUCCAGAAUGGGACAGGGACCUAAGGACAAAUAAAUGGGACCAGGUGGUUCCAAUUCUCCAUAUAGUUUGCAAUCCUUUAGUGCUCUUGGGAUAGAUACCUUCUGUGCUGAAUGGUUUUUGUCAACUCGACACAAACUAGAAUUACGUGGGAAGAGGUAAUCUAGAUUUGUGGCCAUGUCUGUGGUGCAUUUUUUUUUAAAUUGAGAGCUGAUGUGUGGGCUGUGUGAGGCCCCAGCCUGCUGUGGACAGUGUCACCCCAGUCAGCGGAGAAGAUCGUGGGGAGUCUGACAAUAAGAGUAUUAUUCCAUGGCUUCUACUUCAGUUCCUUCUUCCAGGUUCUUGCCGAGUUCCUGUCUUCCCGAUGGGCUGUAACCUGUAAGGCAAGGAAGCCCUUUCCAAGUUGCUUUUGGUCACGUGUUCAUCACUGCAAGAAAAAGAAAAAGCAAACUAAGGCGUCCUCUGAUGCCUCCUAAUUCAUGGCUUUAGGCUAGCUUCGUGUUCUUGCCUGUCCAGUUCCUACUUGCUUUCAGAUGGUGGGACCUUUCCAUCCAUCCUGCCAUCCAUCCUGCCAUCCAUCCUGGGUAGUAGUCUAUUGGUCUGUCUCAGCUUAGGGCUUUUUGGAUAGGCCUAGCCCAGGCAGGACCUGUCUUCCCUUCAAGGUUCUCCUGGAAGUAGUCUCAGAAUGCAAUGUCUUACUGAUCUGUGGACCAGCCAAGUCCAAGGAAACUGCAUCAUAGAGAAGCUAUGAGUCCCUAGCCUGACUCAGGAAGGCUGCAUUCCUAGAGAUCUUUACACAGUCUGCAGGCAGGGCUGAGACUCUCCUCUUAGCCGCAUGGCUGGUCAGUCACCUCAGUAGCUGUUCAACUGCUUCCGUGACCCUAGGGAGGGCCCUGGUGAACUGUUUCAGCUUUCCCAGACAUGUAACGUUUACUUCCUGGUGUUGCCGUUUCGGGGAGACUGCUGUACAGUGGUGAUUCUCUGCUUCUUGAUGGCAAGUGCCUGUUGCUGACUUCCCCCACAGAGAUGGAGAUGACCCUGAGGUGUUGGCUGAAAUUAGCCCUACUUCCCCUAAGUUGAUGCUGUGAAGGUAUUUUAUAAUAGCAACACGGAAGUUACUGAGACACCGGCUUCUGCUUGUUGAACCUUCUGGCAUGUAUGUUUGAUAGCUUUGGGUUACAGGCCAUUGAGCUCUAUAUAGGAUUAUCUCGGGGAAUCGAUCGUUACCAUCUACAUUGACACUGUGUCUCACUACUGAGGGCCUCCUGACCUCCAAAUGACAUCACAAGAUGACCUUCAACCUCCUGUGAUAACCAUCCGCCUCCUUCUCAAAUAUAUAGCUCAAUCCUUUUAGUCUUAUGAUUGUAGGAUUCUGUGACAGGGGCACCCAGCCAUGUCCCCUAGCACCCCUUCCCAGUCGGGAAGCAGUUCCAGAAGGAAAGAGAUCUCUACUCUUUGAUUAUUUGACCCUGCUGAGUCAGAGGGAAUGUAGAGAUUUUAAAAAGGAAAAACGAUCCCUUUUAGAUUCUGACAGUCUGGGAGACUGGUCCAAUGGCUUGUGGUGCCUUAAAACUUUAGUUCCUAUCUCCUAAAGAGCCUGGUGCUUUGCCUCAGUUUGUGUCCUAAGGUAACAAGCUGCCAUGUUUUUAUCUUUCCAAAUUCGAACCCACUCACAGCUCAAAGAGCACGGCCACACAUUGUGUCCCAUCCUUCCUGUUCACUUACUGCGGACAGUCCCAUCCCCAAGGGUGUGGGUUUACUCUCCCAAGUAAUAAGACACACCCUGGAGCAAAAUGUCCAGGAAAGAAACCGAAACAAACCCCUCCCGACCUAUUUGUUUGUUUUGUUUGUAAUUCUUCUGACGUGCCAGUCGGUACAAAAGUAGCAGGACUAUUAUUAGGUGACAGCUGCCUUCUGAUUGGAUUUGAGGCCUGCUCUGCAGGAGGACAUUUUUAUGUCUGGCACUGUAAUCCUGGUCAAAAGACCGUGGCUGAGGAAGCAUGGGCCCCGGGUAGGAAGAACCUGUUGUUACUUUACUGAAUGGCCCUCCUGUCAGAUUGCCUCUUAAACAGCACUAGGAAGGCUUUCAGCGUUGCCUGUCAUUAAGGUCUGGGCCCUCCUCUGUUUCUAUUAAAAGCCCUUGAAAGGGCAGGUUUGGGAUUAAAGAUUGCUCAGUGCUGUGGAGGACAUAAUCAUACCAACAGACUAACUUAAAAACUGGAAAACAAUGAAUCCAAAACUACAAAAUGUUCGGGGUUUAAAUCUGUAUGUGUGGUUUGUGUGUGAUUACGUGUUGUCUACGUGUGUUGGGUUUGGAUAUUGUUUACACAAUAUGCAAGAGGCUUACAAAUAAGUGGUCACAUAGAUUGAAUUUUUUUCCCUUUGAGUUCACAGAGUAAAUGGAGUGUUAGGCAAAACAUCCUGGUUGGUAGCCUGGUGUGUAAUGGUGAUGGGAAGGGGUAGAGAGAAGAGGUUCAAUCAACGUGGCCAUGUUGGAAAAAGCAAACUGAGAAGUCUAAUGGCCCUGUGUUCGAAUUUAGAGUCCUCCCACGAGUUUUAAAUAGACCUUGAGUCAGAGGUGUGCGGAAAUGGUCAAGGGGUUAUCAUAUUCUCAAUUCUGCUCCCAAAAGGAUGGUUCCUAGAAGCCCCUGCUGCUCGAGGGAAGGACUGAUUCUCAGCUGAUUAUUUUGCUCCUGAGGGCUCAGCUUUGACAUCACAGCUAAUUGUCCUAAUUCAGAAUCCAGGAGGUGUUCCUGUUGGGGGACUUACCCUAUAUCGGUCUAAAAAUAGGCCUUAACACUGGGUGUUCUCAAAAGCUAGGGGACACUGUUUGACCCUUAGUGGGUGCAUAUCUAGGGUGUGUGUGAGCCUUAGCAAUGUGGGUGAGGGGUUAACGGGUCAGGGUCAAUGCUGCCAAAGCAGUGUGAAACACAAGCCCCAUCCAAUUCGGGGUCACUGGUGGGCACUAUCAAAUCAAUCUCGUUUAGAUCUUGUGUUUUUAACCUCCAUAUAAAAUUUGAGUCUUCAAGGAUACAGGAGUCUCGGAGAAAACUCAGUGACAUGGGGAUUUCAGCAAAUCCCUGCUACGCACGGUCUAAAUCUCCCCAGUCACUGGCUAUAAGAGAGUUUUGUGGUCCUUCUUAGGCAGGGUUUGUGGCCCAUCAAACUUAUUAAAAUACUUAUUAGACUUUAAAACCUGCACUGUUGUCUUCCAGCACCCCCACACCCACAAUUUCUGGGACCACAGCUCUCAGGAAGGAGUGCAGGUGGGAGAGUUGCAUGCAGUGUGAGAUCUGAAAGGCCUUACAAGAAAAGGGUAGAAGGUACUCGAGAAAUACCUGUGGGUGAAGACAAGAUGGCCGGGACAGCUCUGCUCACCACCAAGGCCCACUAGAACCGGCUGAAGCUCCUGGAACAGGCGCAAAGGCAUUCUAGAACAACCGAAAGUGACCUGUAGGGGCUGGAGAUGGCCCAGUGGUUAAGAGAACUGCUCUUCCAGAGGUCCUGAGUUCGAUUCCCAGCAACCACGUGGUGGCUCACAACCAUCUGUGAAGGGCUCCGAUGCUUCUGCUCUGGAGAGAGUGAAAGUGACCUGUAACUCAUCAUGAACUACAGGUAACAGGACAUAUAAAGCCCACAUUGUACAAAUAAGCUACAAAGAUGGGGCCACACAAUGAACCCCCUUGUGCUGGUUUGUAUGUGCUCCGCCCAGGGAGUGGCACUAUUAAAAGGUGUAGCCCUGUUGGAAUAAGUGUGUCACUAUGACUGUGGGCUUUAAGACCCUCAUCCUAGCGGCCUAGAAGUCAGUCUUCUCCUAGCAGCCUCCAGAUGAAGAUGUAGAACUCUCAGCUCCUCCUGCACCAUGCCUGCCUGGAUGCUGCCAUGCUCCUGCCUUGAUGAUGGACUGAACCUCUGAACCUGUAAGCCAGCCCCAAUUAAAUGUCCUUUAUAAGACUUGCCUUGGUCAUGGUGUCUGUUCACAGCAGUAAGACUCCAAGACAUUCCUAGAAUCCACACUAAGUAGUUGACACAAACACCCCAAUCCUUUCUGAGCCAAAUGCUGGGCUUCUAAACUUUGUCCCUGCUACAAUUCACUUCCUCCCUUGGAGAUGCAUUCUUCUUACAAUACAGUUUCUUAGUAUCCCUAUAACUCUGUCCAAGUCCUUGUUCUGGGAUACAAGAGCCUAGAACCUCUCCAGAGGUGCACACCAGACCUGCUGCCCACUAUCAUCACUAGUACGAAUGAAACAAACAGGCAGUGGUAUAAAGUAGCAUAUUUAAUUGGUGUGGCCACGGUCGAAAGAGGAACAGGUACAACGACCUCCCAAGUGAUCUUUGCAAUACUGACAUGAGCUUUAGGUUAAAACAGAGGAUUAGGGUGGGGGAGAGCUGUGUGUGACGAGGUGGUCCUGGCCAAGGUACGGCCUCAUCCUCCUACAUCGUUGCUCUCCUCUAGGGAAGCGGCCUGUCCAGGGAGGCUUUGCUGAUCUUGGAAUCGGGUUUUAGGGCAAUGAAUAUGACUGAGCUUUCAAUCUUGAAGGUGGGAGAUUUAAGACAGAGAUGCCAAGGUCUCAUCCUGGGCCUUGCUGCUUUCUGGGCCCAAGUGAGGAAUCCCGUGCUAUUUAGCGAAAGUCUCUAAGAGCCUGUUCUACCCUCAGCUGCACAGGGGCACCUGGGGUGGGGCCGGGGAGGCUGUGCCUCUGCAGCCCAUCCCGGCCCUGGGGGGACGGAAGCCCCAUAGGAAUAUGAAUACUGUUCAUGGAUGAGGCUACCUCUCGAGAAUGCUGCUCACCCAGUGGCCUCAGAUGGUGCUAAGCACUACACCCACUGAGCAAGGGUCCCUGGGGGCAGCCUCUGGUUUGGGUUCAGUAGUUCUGUGAGCAGAAAGUGACCAGCCUGAGCAGUUCUUACUUCUGGCUCCCCCGCCAUGCCUGGGCCGCUAGGGGCCAAUCCAUUGUGCCUGAUCAGGAGGCUCCUGACCCACCCCACCCCCAACCUCUGCCCAGCUGCUCAUAUCCAGAGAGAGAGGACAAACUUCCUGCCUUACACCUAUCUAAUCUGUUCCCUUGGGUAGGAGCCAAGAAAAUUUUAGGACUUGACCUUAUUACCUGGACUCACUGUGGUGGCCACACCAGGAUGAGAACUGAGAGUGGUCAGGCCAGGGCCAUUGCUGGGGGAUGGGGCCCAGUCACCUCCUGGCACUGGUCCUGAGGCGUGCCCCCCUCUGCAAGGGACUGCUGUGGAUCAGAGAGGAUUGCAGGUCCCACCAUCUCUCCGAUUGAACAUGGUGGUAGGUCUUUGGAUAGGCCUAGGUGAUGGGGGUAGAGAAGGCAUUUGCUUUCCAGGGUUCCGGACCAACCCAGGGAUCGGGCUUGGUGGGUUCAAGCCCGGGCACCACCUCUGAGAAAUAGUGUCAAACACUGCCCACUUAAGUGCCCAUGGAACUGCAGGUCCCCGGUUCCUUUGUCUUUGUGACAUUGUCAGUCCAAAUAGGGGACUAAAAUCACCCAAAUGCUCAUCACAUCACUAAAAAGAAAAGAAAAAAAAGGCAGGGAAGCUGCACCUGCAGUCAGGAGAAAGCUCGAUCUAGUCUGCUGCUGAUAUGCAUGCAGAACUACUGGCAUGAGCCUCGUGACCUGGAACCCGGAAAAGGUCAUCGCCAGCCCUUAGUGACAGCAGUGAUUGUGUCAGGAGAGUAGGGGUGGGGGUAGUCAGCAUUAGCAUAUGAAAGAAACCAAUUGGCAGAAAAGUCUUGGACCCAAUCCCUCCCAGGUCAACUCAUAGCAGACAUACAAUGAGCUCUACUGUACAAGUGACCCCUAGGCACUGGCGCCAUUGAGCUUCUGACCUUUCUUCAAACUCUGGCCCACUUCUUCCCCUGGAAUGCUUUCUUCCUUAAUAAACC